AUGACACAGCCUUCUUCAAAAAAAGUUGCUCCAGCUCCAUUAGCUACUAAAUCUAAAGCUUCAACAAGCACCAAGAAUCCAUUGUUCGAAUCUACACCAAAGAACUUUGGUAUUGGACAAUCCAUCCAACCAAAAAGAAACUUGUCCAGAUUUGUUAAAUGGCCAGAAUAUGUCAGAUUACAGAGACAAAAGAAAAUCUUGUCUUUGAGAUUGAAAGUUCCACCAUCUAUUGCUCAAUUUUCUCAAACUUUAGAUAAAAACACUGCUGCUCAAGCUUUUAAAUUAUUGAACAAAUAUAGACCAGAAACCUCUGCUGAAAAGAAAGAAAGAUUAACUAAAGAAGCUGCUGCUAUUGCCGAAGGAAAAACUGCUAAAGACGUUUCACCAAAACCAGUUGUUGUCAAAUACGGUUUAAACUAUGUUGUUUCUUUGAUUGAAAACAAAAAGGCCAAAUUGGUUUUGAUUGCCAAUGAUGUUGACCCAAUUGAAUUGGUUGUCUUUUUACCAGCUUUAUGUAAGAAAAUGGGUGUUCCAUACGCCAUUGUGAAAGGUAAGGCUAGAUUGGGAACUUUGGUUCACAAAAAGACUUCUGCCGUUGCUGCUUUAACUGAAGUUAACUCUGCUGAUGAAGCUGAGUUAUCUAAAUUGGUCUCCACUAUCAACGCCAACUACAUUGAAAAAUACGAAGAAAACAGAAAACACUGGGGUGGUGGUAUCAUGGGUUCUAAAGCCAAUGAUAAAAUCGCUAAAAAGGCCAAAGCUGCCGCUGCUGCUGUUUCUACUGCUUAA